GCCAAACAAAGAAAUGGAGAAUCAUGUGAUCAAGGGAGAUAGAAAAUGAAAAUAUUUCCGGUCUAUAAGUUAGUAAACAGGUGAUAGCUCUCAUCCUGAAGGUCAAAGAGAACAAAAGAGAAAACCUUUUUUUUUUUUUUUUAAUAAGAAAAGGACAAAAUUUGAAUAGUAUAGUUAUCCAAACAUGAGAAAAAGAAAAUGAAAAUAAUAAAGCAGCAUCUUUAUUCCAGAGAUUGAAAAUAUGACAGCUGAAGUAGACAAGGAAGUGGAGGCUGCGAUGCAGGCCAUGUUGGAUGAGGAGGACCUUGCUGAAGGACGGGAUGAAGGAGAUGAGCCCAAGGAUGACUUUCCUGAGGAUGACUUCCCUGAUGAUGACUUUCCUGAUGAUGACUUUCCUGAUGAUGACUUUCCUGAUGAUGACUUCCCUGAUGGUGACUUUCCUGAUGAUGACUUCCCUGAUGAUGACUUCCCUGAUGAUGACUUCCCUGAGGAUGACUUUGAGGGAAUGGAUGAGAAGAAGGGGUCAGCACUGGACUGUACGACAGUGUAUGAGGAGGAGACGCUACCCUCAGGAAUCCCUCCUCCAUCCAAGCACCACCUGGAAGUGCUUCAGAAGUCCUUUGGGCACUCCUCCUUCAGGCCAAUGCAGUGGAAGAUCAUACAUGCCGUGUUGCAGGGUCGUGACAACUGUGUGGUGAUGGCAACAGGCUACGGAAAGAGUUUGUGUUUCCAGUUCCCACCAGUGUAUACGGGGGGUGUGGCAGUGGUGGUCUCUCCCUUGAUUUCUCUUAUGCAGGACCAAGUACUAGCUCUUCAGGCAUCCAACAUAGGAGCAUGCUACUUAGGCAGUGCUCAGAAAAAUAAGUCUGAAGUCUAUACGGAGAUGUUUGCUGGGACGUACAGAAUUGUAUAUGUCACUCCAGAAUUUAUUGAUGCUUGUCCUGAUGUGUUGAAAACACUUGAUAAGAGAGUCGGAAUAUCCUUGUUUGCUGUGGAUGAGGCUCACUGUGUAAGCCAGUGGGGACAUGACUUCAGGGUUUCAUACAGGCGACUGGGGAUCCUCCGGACCAGUUUUCCGAAGAUCCCCAUUUUGACGGUCACUGCCACAGCUACUAAGACGGUGCGGGAGGACAUCUGCUCGUCUCUUGGCCUGAGGUCACCAGAGAUUACAAUCACCAGUUUUGAUAGGCCGAACCUUUACCUGGAGGUGAAGAACAAAGUGAAGGGGAUUGUAGAGAACUUCAUUCCCUUCUUAGUCAAAGAAGCUUAUGGGAGAUACACCACAGAUGGACCUACCAUUGUGUACUGUCCUACUAAGAAAAGCACGGAAGAGGUGUAUCAGGCCUUGGCAGGUUUGGGUGUAAAGUGUGUAAAAUACCACGCAGGGAUGACACCAGGCCAGCGAGAUGAGGCACACAAACAGUUUAUGUAUGACAAGGCAGAUCUUAUUGUUGCCACCAUUGCAUUUGGAAUGGGUAUAAACAAACCUGAUGUUCGCCAAGUCAUCCACUAUGGAGCAUCAAGUAACCAUGAGUCUUACUAUCAAGAGAUAGGUCGUGCAGGACGAGAUGGCCUGCCGUCUGUAUGUACUGUUCUGUAUGCACCAGAAGACUUUGCUGUGCAUCGUUACUUUUUGAGCCAGAUAAGAAACCAGCGCUACCAGGAACGGCGGAGAGAGAUGAGUGAACUAUCAGGUGGAGGAGUCAGCAAAGGUCAGAGCAGAGUCGAAGCAGCCCUCGAUAGUGAAGGAAAAUAUGACUUCACUGUGGAUGCCAUCAACCUUUUGAAGGCAGCAGAUGGUUGUAAUGGACAGUGUGCAGUAGGGUCUCUCAUCCUAGUGCUUAAAGGUUCAAACAACCAACGGGUUCGACCGCAGUGGAAGAGAAUAGAGUCCUUUGGUGCUGGCAAAAAGAGGAGUGAAUCAUACUGGAAGGCUUUGUGUAAGAUGUUGGUAUUUGCUGGCUAUCUGUCUGAGACAACCAUAAGCUCAGGGGGUGGUGGAAGGGGGAGGGGAGGAUGGGGAAGGUCUGCCUCGACGUUUGCCUACGAUGCCAUUGGGAUCACCAGGGAAGGAGAUAGGGCACUCAUGAACCCCAAUUGCAAGAUCCUCCUACAGCCCUCAGCCACAAUGCUUGAUGAACUGCGUUAUGUCAUAGCUAUUAAGAGACCAACAGCUGCAGAC